ACCUUUUUUCACUUUGUUUCUUGCAUUAAUUUGACCAGGGAAGCACAUAGAUACUAGAGCAUGAGCAGAUCUGCUGCAGAUGAAAUGAUUCUCAGUUAUAAUGAUGUUGUACUCAGGCAAUCAGACUUGGAAAUACUUAGUGGUCCAUAUUUUCUUAAUGACAGAAUUAUUGAGUUCUAUUUAAGCUAUCUAUCUUCGAGCCAUCCUUCCCAGGACAUCCUAUUAGUCUCACCAUCUAUUGCUUUUUGGAUAACAAAUUGCAUGGACACUGAUACUCUCAAAGAUUUCAUGGAACCCCUUAAGUUGCCUGAGAAGAAACUGAUUAUUUUUCCUGUUAACAACAACGAAGAUGUGAGCCUAGCUGAAGGUGGAAGUCAUUGGAGUUUAGUUGCAUAUUACCGUAGCAGUAAUGUCUUUGUGCAUCAUGACAGCCAUAGGCAGAUGAAUAAGGGGCAGGCUAUGAGACUUUUUAAAGCUGUUGUCGGAUUUAUUACCAGUGAUUCUAGUUCAUCAUGUAAUGCCAAGUAUCAAGAAGACGUGGAUUCGCCACAGCAGAUUAAUGGUUAUGAUUGUGGCCUGUAUGUUACAGCCACUGCAAGAGCUAUAUGCAGUUGGUAUGAAACCAAUGAAAACAAAGAUGCAGAUAACUUAUGGUUUUCUCAAGUAAAGGAACAGGUCACCCCAUCAGCUGUUGCUGAAAUGAGAAGGGAGAUUUUGGGUCUGAUUAGAGUUCUUAUGGACAAGAAAUGAUGCAUCCCUAUGGAGAAAAUGGGUUCACAAGCCACAACUAAAGACGAUGAGAUUUAGUUCAUAUGGAUCUAAGAAGAUUUUUAUUUUAUCUUUGAUGACCCGGGGAUCACAGGCUAAUUUUUAGCAUGUGAGGGCAAUCUCGUGCAAGGAUCUAUUUGGAAAUGAAAUUAUUCUAGAAUAUUGUUUGUUUGCUACUGCCCUUUUAAAAAAGAUAAAAUAAAAUGUGCUGCAUCAC